UUGCAGGUGGUGCAGUUCAAGCAGCAGUCGCGGCUGGAGGAGAAGCGGAAGAAGGCCCUGGACCUGCAGCUCGACUUCAUCGUGGGGCAGACGGAGAAAUACUCGGACCUGCUGAGCCGCAGCCUCAACGCCCCCCGGGCCCCGCCCCCCGCGCCCGGGACACGCCCACCCGCCGCCUGCGCAGGUGACGCCGCCCAAGGACCCCCCGCCGAGGGGGGGGAGGGGCCCAGACCCCUGGGGGACCUUCUGGGGACCCUCCCCCCGCAGGCCCUGCUGAGGAGGGAGCGGGACCCUCCCCCCCCGUGGGGCCCCCGCGAGGACGACGCCGAGUUCGCCGCCGACGACGAGGAGGGGGAGGACGAGGAGGACACGAUCGCCGCCCAGGAGCGACUCGAGGGCGACGUCGACCACCAGCAGGAGCUCGACGACCUCGCCCGCGAGGGUGCGCUGCCCAUGGAGGAGCUGCUCCAACGUUACGCCGGCGCCUUCACCGACUCCGACUGCGACUCCGCCCCCGGCGCCAGCAGCACCCGCUCAGACUCACCUGCGGCCGAGAGCGACGAGGAGGAGGAGGAGGAGGAGGAGGAGGAGGACGAGGACGAGGAGGACGAGGACGACGACGAGGAAGAGGAGGAGGAGGAGGAGCAGGAAGGGGGAGCCGGGGGAGGAGGGGGCGGGGCAGGAGGAGACCCCGCCCCGGGAGACCCCGCCCCGCCCGCCCAGGUGCCGCCGGGGGAGGGCGGGGCCGCCACCGGCCCCGCCCCGGCCACGCCCAGCUCGGGCCCCGCCGGCUCCGCCCCCAAGAAGGAGAUCAGCGACAUCGCGGCCGCCGCCGAGAGCCUCCAGCCCAAGGGGUACACCCUGGCCACCACACAGGUGAAGACGCCCAUCCCUCACCUGCUGAGGGGCACCCUGCGGGAGUACCAGCACAUCGGGCUGGACUGGCUCGUCACCAUGUACGAGAAGAAGCUCAACGGGAUCCUCGCCGACGAGAUGGGGCUGGGCAAGACCAUCCAGACCAUCUCCCUGCUGGCACACCUGGCCUGCGAGAAAGGUAGCUGGGGCCCUCACCUGAUCAUCGUGCCCACGUCGGUGAUGCUGAACUGGGAGAUGGAGCUCAAGCGCUGGUGCCCCAGCUUCAAGAUCCUCACCUACUACGGCGCCCAGAAGGAGCGGCGGCUCAAGCGCCAGGGCUGGACGAAGCCGAACGCGUUCCACGUGUGCAUCACGUCGUACAAGCUGGUGCUGCAGGACCACCAGGCCUUCCGGCGCAAGAACUGGAAGUACCUGAUCCUGGACGAGGCCCAGAACAUCAAGAACUUCAAGUCCCAGCGCUGGCAGUCCCUGCUCAACUUCAACAGCCAGCGGCGGCUGCUGCUGACGGGGACGCCGCUGCAGAACAGCCUGAUGGAGCUGUGGUCGCUGAUGCACUUCCUGAUGCCGCGGGUGUUCCAGUCCCACCGGGAGUUCCGGGAGUGGUUCCACAACCCCCUGACCGGCAUGAUCGAGGGCAGCCAGGAGUACAACGAGAGCCUCGUCAAGAGGCUGCACAAGGUGCUCCGCCCCUUCCUGCUGCGGCGCCUCAAGGUGGACGUGGAGAAGCAGAUGCCCAAGAAAUACGAGCACGUGCUCAGGUGCCGCCUCUCCAAGCGCCAGAGGUUCCUCUACGACGACUUCAUGGGCCAGGCCAGGUGAGGGGGGGACCCCAAAAUGUCC